AAACCGUUAUAUCCUUUAACGGUUUUCUUAUAUUUUCAUUGUUCUCGUUUUAUCCCUCACGACGGUGCGAUCGUAGCCUAUAAAACUAACCCCUGCACGUAGUCACCCUAUUUCCGUUUUCACAUUUGCCGCUCAAUCGUCUUUCCGUCGUUUGUCCGUUCGCUGCAUUACGUUGCUCUGCUCUUUUCUUACUGCUUAGUUGCAGCCGUCUUGUUACGGUUAAUUUGUUACUUAUUUAUUUUAAUUUCUUAUCCAUUCGUUUGCCCGCGGACAGUGUGCGGUACAUAUUUUAUUUCGUAUCCGUUGAAAACGUAUUCUUAUUUUUUUUUUGUAUAAUUAUUCCCAAACGUGAAAUUGAUCCCUAUACAUUUUAAUUUCCGUAACAUACUGCUGUAGACCAGACAUAAAAUGUCGUUCGUGAAAAGCAAAAUCAAGCGGUUCAACGAGGUCUCAAGUUGUGCUCCUGCUCCUGGAACAUAUGAUCCAAAAAGUCCUGGUCCAAAAACAAUUAAAGGAACUAAAUUUAAUAAAGCAGAAAGAUUCAAAGAACCUUCUGUUCCUCAAACUAUCCAAAAAACAGUUAAAGUUCACUCUACUUUCAAAAUCCCAUCAAAUUUUAGUUCACAAAGUUCAAUUCAUACAGAAUGUUCCAAAAGGUCCAACAAAACCAUAGAUUCUACUUCAACAAGAAAUAGCCCCAAAAAAAUAAAUGCCAAACGCCUUAAAGAAUUAAAAAAGUUGGAUUCUGAUCUUACCAAAGCUCUUACAGAUAUUGAAAAACUAAAUACUGAUUCUAAAAACACAACUGAUACCUGUAAGGAUUAUAUAAAUUCAUGCCGCAGUGCUUGCCCAGAGGCAUUAAAUAAUCGUGUGUGCAGAAUGGUUAUUGAAAACUCACAAGCCGCUUUAUAUGCAGUUUGCAAUCGUUUACGUGAUACACACAAACAUAAUGAUGAGUUACUAAAUGAAAUUGCACAACUUAAAGAAGAAAUCGGUGAAAAAAAAAGCUUUGAACAAUUAGCUGCUGAUCAAAUUGCUGUAGUUGAACGUAAUCUUACUGAAAAAGUUAAUGAUUACAUGAAGAUUUCCGAGACUGUUAAAGAUAAUUGGUUGAUGAAAAUGAGAUUUAUAAUGGUAUCCUUGGAUGAACUAGAAACUAUGGUAGAUGAUAAAGUGAAAGAAAUUAUUCAAAAACUUAAAUUGGAUAUUGAAGAAACUGAUCCCGAAGGACAAAACUAUAGGCAACUGUUAGAGAAAUAUAAAAAGACUGUUGAGAGAAAUAUUCAACUUGAAGAAAUUGCUGUUAAACAUGAUAAUUUAGAAAAGAAAAUUAUUGAUUUGACUAAUGAGAAAAAUGCACUGAUUGCCAAAUUACGAAAUAACAAGUCAUCUGGCUUAUCAAAGAAUCGUCUGGAUGCUUUGGCUACACCUCGCAGGCGUGUUGAUGCUGAGAAUAUUGCCCCCAUAAAUAAAACUUAUGUGCUCAAAAAUACUAAUACUGUAAAAACUAUUAAACCUGUAGCUCAAUCUUCUCCAUUGAGGGAAAUGAAUUGGUAAUAAUUAAUUUAGUAUAUUUUUCUGUGAAAUGUUUAGACCAUUUUAGUUUUGUAUUCUUCUUUUUUUUUUUUUUUUUAUCAAUGUGUCCACUUAGU